CCUAGGGUUGAGAGAGAGGGACUGGCCCAAGGUCACCCAGUUGCCUUUGUGCCUAAGGCUGGACUAGAACUCACGGCCUCCUGGUUUCUAGCCUGGUGCCUUCGCCACCAUGCCAAAUGGGCUCUCAAAGAGCAGAUUAAGAUGCUUUAAACCCAUUCUCCUCCUCCUCUGUGGGUUCUUUCUUUGCAUCCCUAACUGUACCUAACUAGCACUGCAACGAAGCCGCUAUUCCUACAUUAAUUUGUGCAUUCUUGGGGGGGGAUUGGGUGUGGUCUCUUCCAGUGUCUUGCGAUGGCCGAGCAGCUGCAAGGUCUGGGAAACAGCCUGGCUAAGAGGCCAAGGGAUGGGGAUGGCAGGGAGGAGAAACAGCCAGGAAUGCAGGAAGAGAAUGGACAUAAUGCCAAAAGGUUCAAGGACAAUGAGGAAGAGGUCAAGGAUGAGACAAAGAAGUUCCCCAAGAAGAAGGUUGUGCUGUUGCUGGCCUAUUCUGGGAAAGGCUACCAUGGAAUGCAGCGUAACGUGAAAAAUUCUCAGUACAGGACAAUCGAGGAUGAUUUAGUGUCAGCUCUCAUCCAAUCCGGAUGCAUCCCAGAGAACCACGGGGAGGACAUGAAGAAAAUGUCGUUUCAGAGAUGUGCCAGGACAGAUAAGGGCGUUUCUGCGGCUGGACAGAUAGUUUCCUUGAAAGUCUGGCUGAUCGAAGAUAUUUUACAGAAGAUUAACGAGCAUCUUCCUUCUCAUAUAAGAAUUUUAGGCCUCAAAAGGGUGACGGGAAAGUUCAAUUCCAAGAACAGGUGUGAUGCCCGGACCUAUUUGUAUAUGCUGCCAACUUUCGCCUUUGCCCACAAGGAUCAUGCUCCUCAGGAUGAAGCGUACCGCUUGAGUGCAGAGACCCUGGCGGCCGUCAGUGACCUCCUGGCUUGCUACAAGGGCACUCACAACUUCCAUAACUUCACCUCUCAGAAGGGGCCCAAGGAUCCGAGUGCUAAACGUUACAUCAUGGAAAUGUAUUGUGAAGAGCCCUUUGUGAGGAAUGGCGUGGAGUUUGCCGUGGUGAAAGUGAAAGGACAGAGUUUUAUGAUGCACCAGAUCCGGAAGAUGAUCGGCUUGGUGAUCGCGAUUGUGAAGGGCUAUGCCACAAAAUCCAUCAUGGAACAGAGCUGGGGGGUGGAGAAGGUGGACAUCCCCAAAGCUCCUGGACUGGGCCUGAUUUUGGAACGGGUUCACUUUGAGAGUUAUAAUCAACGUUUUGGGGAUGAUGGACUCCAUGAAGCCCUGGAAUGGGCAGAAGAAGAGGAGAAGAUCGCUGCUUUCAAAGAGCAACACAUCUAUCCCACGAUUAUAAAGACAGAGAAAGAAGAAAAGUCCAUGAUGAACUGGCUGGAAACGCUUUCCAACCAUCAGUUUGAUUCCACCAUGUCAAGGUUGCAGGAAGACAGCAGAGAUUCAAAGUCUGAUCCUGAAGGCAGUGAUGGAUGUGAAGACAACUCGGACUGAGGAUUUCAGCGGGUGGCCCAACCCAAGCAUACUUUGAUACAUUGAUUGAAGUGACUUUGGCCAUGAACUCAAGUGAUGGAUG